AUGGCACUGUCCCAGUUUAUGAAGCUAGCCGCACGUCCGGCCUGCCGUGCUCUUUCGUCGAAGGCGGCCCCAGCGCUAGACGUUUCCCCGACCGGUCCCUCCUUUGCGCUCAGCGAUGAGCAGCGUGAAAUUGUGGACCUAACGAAGAAGUUUGUGCGUGAGGAAAUCAUUCCGGUUGCAGGCCAUCAUGACAAGACCGGCGAGUAUCCGUGGGCCAUCAUCAAGAAGGCAUGGGAGCUCGGGUUAACCAAUAGCCACAUCCCGGCAGAAAUUGGUGGAACUGAAAUGUCAAUCGUGACUAGCUGUCUGGUUGCUGAACAGUUUGCGUACGGAUGUACUGGUAUCAUGACCGCAAUCGAAGCCAGCGGCUUGGGACAAACACCCGUCAUCAUUGCCGGUAACAAGGAGCAGCAGAAAAAAUACCUCGGCCGUCUGCUAGAGGAACCGCUGGUGGCAGCCUACUGUGUGACAGAACCGGGCGCCGGAUCCGAUGUGAACGGUGUAAAAACUCGCGCCGAAAAGAAGGGCGACGAGUACAUCCUGAACGGUCAGAAGAUGUGGAUCACGAACGGUGGUGUUGCCAACUGGUAUUUCGUUCUGGCGCGCACCAAUUCCGAUCCCAAAUGCCCCGCUUCGAAAGCGUUCACCGGUUUCAUCGUCGAGCGGGACACACCCGGAUUAACCCCAGGUCGCAAGGAGCAAAACAUGGGCCAGCGUGCGUCGGAUACGCGCGGCAUCACGUUCGAGGAUGUGCGCGUACCGAAGGAGAACGUGCUGAUCGGUGAAGGGGCCGGUUUCAAGAUUGCGAUGGGUACGUUCGACAAGACGCGUCCACCGGUGGCAGCCGGUGCCGUUGGUUUGGCCCAGCGCUGUCUAGAUGAGGCGCUAAAGUAUUCGCUAGAGCGUAAGACCUUCGGUGUACCGAUUGCCGCACACCAGGCCAUUUCGUUCAUGCUAGCCGAUAUGGCGAUCGGCGUGGAGACGGCACGUCUCAUUACGAUGAAAUCCGCCUGGGAGGUCGAUCAGGGUCGCCGGAAUAGUUACUACGCAUCGAUCGCCAAGUGUUACGCGUCGGACAUCGCCAACAAGAUUGCCUCCGAUGCGGUGCAGGUGUUCGGUGGCAAUGGGUUCAACAGCGAAUACCCGGUGGAGAAGCUAAUGCGCGAUGCUAAGAUUUACCAGAUCUACGAGGGCACAUCGCAGAUCCAACGGUUGAUCAUCUCUCGCAACAUGAUCGAAGCUGCUAAACAGCAGGCGUAA